GCAGAGGAGCUCGUUUGAGGUUGAAUAGCUGCAGCCUGACACUGAAAAGCUUGUGCUCUGACAUCAGCUAAGAUAAGGCACAGAUACUCUUCAUAUGAGGACACCUCUCCUACCGGCAAGGUGAUACCCGAGGACGCUGUUUUCAUCCAACCACGAGAUAUUUUUACGCAUGAGACACAGACAGCGACUCAAUGGCUGUUUCUCUGGGCUUUCUUCUGGGUCAUGAUGAGAGGAGCUGAAGUUUGAGCGACUCCGCGUUGAGACUGUAUACAGAGCGGCAAAGCCCGUGUGUGUUUAUUAUCGCUCUUCGGGCGUGUUAUCGCGCACGCAGGAGAAGAAGCGGUGGCAUUUCUCCUGUUGUUGGAUUUUUGUCGGUUUCCAGAAGGAUGGUGCUGGAUAAGGAGGAGAGUGUGUCUCUCGUGUCCCUCCAGUCCAGAGAGAAGCCGAGGGGCUGUGCCGGCUGCAACGGGAAGAUCCGGGACCGCUUCAUGUUGCAGGCGUUGGACAGGUACUGGCAUGAGGACUGUCUGAAAUGUGCUUGCUGUGACUGCCGCCUGGGCCGGGUGGGCUCCACCCUCUACACCCGGGCCAACCUCAUCCUCUGCCGCAGGGACUACUUGAGGCUCUUUGGGGUGACAGGGAACUGUGCAGCCUGCAGUAAGCUGAUCCCUGCCUUUGAGAUGGUGAUGAGAGCCAGAGACAACGUCUACCAUUUAGACUGCUUCGCCUGUCAGCUCUGCCGCCAGAGAUUUUGUGUGGGAGACAAGUUUUUUCUCAAGAACAACAUGAUCCUGUGCCAGCUGGACUAUGAAGGAGGCCAUCUUAAUGGCAGCACAGAGAGGCAGCCUCAAUAAGAGAUCAGAGCAGGCCGUCUGUGAGCCAGUUGGACUGUGAAACUCACAGAAGCACCUUUGGCUCAUCAGCUUCCUGUUUCAGACUGAACCAGUGUGUGGAAACGACCCUGAUAUACUGGGACAUGUUUCUAGCAGCCCAUGAUUGAACUCUUUAUUACAGAGCUGCAUAGUAACUAUCCUGAAAACUGACAUUUCUGACCAGAUGGACCCAACCAGGAAAAUAAAUAAUAAGUGAAGAUGGAAUAAUGAAACCAUCCGGUUUCCAGAGAACUUAAUGUGGACUGUGGUUCUACAUCUUUUUUCCCUUUUCUUUUUCCUUUUUACAUUUAACAAAUAGAGCAACUAGUGAUUGCAAAUGAUUUGAAGGAGUCUGUUUACCAAACUUUAAAAUACUAGGUGGCUGGAGGGAAGCCAAUCAGGCCACACAUAGCAUCAACCAAGUCAUCCAUUACAGAGAAAAAUACAAAGUUUACUUUUUUAAACUUCCCUCUGAUUGCCACUGAGCUCUUCUUUGUGGUAAACCCAGCCCAUCUGGCAUGUAGGAAACUUUUUGCUAAUAUUGGUUUGGCUCAGUUCAACAACUGAGGAAGAUGAGCUGUCUCUCCUUCAUCUUUCUGCCUCUCGACUCUCAAGACUUUAACUGAACUGUGUGGCACGUCAAACCCACCAUUGUUUUGCUUUCACCCUGAUCUCAAACAGAUUUUUUUUCACGACUAAUUAAACUGAAUUUUAAUUUCC